UCGAAUCUGCAAGAUUAGAAUGGAUACGUGCAGCUUGCCUUUGAUCAGUGAAUAUUUAAUCUGAUAUUUUAGUUACCAUGAAGCACUCGUGUGUGAAGUGGAUUACAUAUUUCAGCUUUGCAUAUUAAAGCUCGUUAAUGUUGUAAAACAACCGAAAUGCUUACAAAUCAUAUGCUUUUGCUAAUAAUAAUAAUAAUAACUUGAACUUGCAAACGAUUUUAUUUUGUGCAGUGGAAUAUUUUUUGAUAAUAGGCUACUGCUAGAAGAUGUGGUAGUUAUCUUUAUAAUUAAGACAUCGAUGCUAGUUUAUUCAUAGUUAUCUGUAGUCCGAAAUGCAGUUGAAUUCUAACUAAGGAACUCAUUCUGACAUAUUUUUUCUAAAGUUCCCAGCAUUAUUAAAUAAUAGUAUUUAGGGCCUAGUAGCUAGGUCAUUAAUAAAAACCCACCGAAAAUAUGUCAACUGUGUCAAGCAAGUCGUGGAAUAAAACUACACAACAGGCAACAAAGGGUAAAAAUGUGGAGAUGUUUGGCAUAGCAUCAUCAAAAAUGAAUCCAAGGAAUAGCAGAUGUUCAUCUCAACCCGUUUACAGUGUGAAUGAGUCUGUAAGUGUUGACGAGGAUAGUAACCAGAGAAAUAUUCAGGUUCUUAAAUCACGAGGAAGGUCAAUUAAGAUGUAUGAGACAGAACCGUUUUUAUCCGUGGAUUUAUUGCCAUCCAAUAAAAUUUGUGUAUCACCAGUACCAAGUCUUUCUUCAGAAAAACCAAGAGCACGGAGCAUGCUUCGAUCACACACUACUCAAAGUCCACUUACAGUAGCAAACAUCACUAAUAAUUUAACACACAGCCGCAGAUCAACACCAUCAGCCGGAAAUAAAGUAGGAAUAGAAAGAAGUACUGCUAAUCCUCACAUCAAAAAACCAUUUAAACAUGCUGUAAACCAACCUACAUCAGCCACAUCUACAGAUCAGAUGUCAAGUCCAUCAAAGUUGAUGAAAGCAAAUUUAAAGAUAGCAACAUCUCAUAUUAAUUCUAUUCUGUUAAAACAGAGACAUCAGGAACCAAUCAAAGUUAAAGGAAAAUUACUAAAGGGAAAGUUAAAGCCAAUGUAUCCAGUAAAUACAGGAGGACCAUCAAUGAAAGAUUGUAGAGGUGUGAUUUCAGAUGCCACAACCUAUUCAUCUAGUCCAAGUCGAACUUUACAAAGACGUCGUCAGAUACUAUCCAAUUAUAAUCAGGGUAAUAUUACUAUGCUUAUUGAUCGUCCUGUUACAGUGGAGUCAGUACAUCAGACGUCAGAAGCCUCGAGUAUGGACGGAAACGUGGAUCGUAUGAUCAGUGAUUUAGACAGUGAUGACCAGGAGGAAGAGGAAGAUUUAUAUGAAAGAGGUUUAUUAGUCUACAGUGAAUUAACAACUUUUCCAUCUGAAAAAAGUUCAACAACAUCUGUUAUAUCGCAACCUUUACAUCAAGCAGAAGAUGAGAAUGAAUUUGAACAGUUACCAAAAGCAGCAAAGCAAGUGCUGUCUGAUGAAGAUAAUAUAACUAUAAAUAAAACCGCCCAUGUUUCCUUCUCACCAUCCUUGGAACGUCGUUUGUCAGAAAAUCUUCGAAUGUCUGAGGAGUUAGAGACAUUCGUUGGUGAUAAGAAUAGUAGUAAUAUUGGUAACAAUAUUGGUAAAAUAUUAGCUACAACAAAUUCUAGUGAUGCCAUGUUAUGGAGCAGUGCCGAUAUUGAUGCCAUCGACGUUGUCCGUAAAGUAAAUAAAACAGACUUUAAUGCCACUAAAGUGGAUAAAAAAUAUAGCCAUGUGAUCUCUCAAAACAUUCAGAUUGAUUCUACUCAAAGUUCAGUCAAUGUAAAGUCCCAAGAUCUCAAAAAAGAUAAAAUUGCUCAAAAUCAGUUUCAUAAAUUAGACAAAAGCCGAUCUGGUGAAAUUAGAUCAAAUCAUGAACCACUUCCCUAUGCAAAAUCUUCGUCUUGUAAACAUACAGCAAGCAAACCAACCAAACCUGUGCGUGUAACCCCAGUAAUAUCGGGCCGUCCAUUUAGUGCUGUGAUACGUCAAGAGAAUUUCCAAGAAGCCGUGCCAUCAAGACCUAAAAGUGCCAGUAUGUUAAAAAUGGGGAAAGUGAGUCCAGCUAAAACUGUGCGAUUUGCAGACGAAUUGAUUGAUAAUUUUGUAAUCCAAAGUGACGUUUGGCAGGAGGAAGAGUCAUCAAGUUUUAGAAAUCAUUUAACAUUGAAUAUUUGUCAUGUCGAACCAGAAAAAAAGGAUCUUGAACCACCAUCACCACAUUCAUCCAUAUUUGGCAUCAGUAAACACAGUGAUCAAGAUGAUAUAUAUCCUGAUAUAGAAAAUGAAGAUGACAAGGUUGUGUCAAAAUCAUCAUGCAAACCAACGACAGAAAGAAAAUACCAGAAUGAUGAUGAUGAUGAUGGUGGUGGUGGAUGCAGUGAUGAAGAUAAAGAAAACAAAGCAAUUAGACAAGCUGCUGAGCAGCCAUCAAAAAGUUCUAGUACCAAGAAUGCAGAGAAAAGACGGUUAACAUCCAGUAAUGGUCAAGGUCAAACAGAUGAUAAUGACAUUGAAAGUCCAGUCGCUACAAUCGAAGACAAUCCAUCAGGUAAAGAAGAUGAUCCAUUAGGUAAAGAAAAUGCGUCAGUCAUUUCUGACAUAAAAAGUGAAACUAGUGAUUUGAAUAUGAGUUUUAUAUCAGAUUCAGGCAGCUUUCAUUACCACGGUGAUAUUUCAGCCUUCAUCAUUGAUGAGGCUGAUCUACCAAGAACUCCAUCAAGUAAUUCUAGCGGAAUGUUUAGCGAUUUUACCAGCAGUUACAGUAAGAAUUCUCAUGGUAAACAGGAUGAAAUUGAACCAUUUAUUAAAGAUACAAACAAUUCCAGUUCUAAAACCGAUAUUGAGAAUAGAAAAAAUGUCUGCUCCAGCAGUUGUCUCAACCUCCCUAUGUCGGAAUCAAAGAAAAAUUCAGUCACAGUUUCUCUUGCCUCUCCUAAUAAAGUUGAAUUACAAAAUAAAUUACGUUCAUUAUCAGCAAAUACCCAAACAAUAAAAAAACAUUCCAGAAAUAAUGGUUAUCAAAGUCCUAAUAAAGCCAUAGUAAAUCGGAUGCAGAUUGACUCACUUGAAGCAGCCCCGUUCUUUGAUCCUAUUAGUGAUGUUUCAAAUCUGAAUGCACAUCUUUACGAAAACAAAAGUUUAUUUUAUUUGCCGAUUGAAGAAGCAGAGUUUAUCGAGGAUAUUUGCGAUAUAACAUGUCCGGAUUCUCCUGUUUAUAUGGUCGACCCCCAUUUCAACAAAAAUAUCCCACCAGUUGAGGCAACGUCCUGUCACAGAAUUUAUGACAAAUAUCAACAUAACAUCAAACGUGGUCGCAGACCAUACUCUGCAAGUACCGUCCGUAAAUCAACAACUCGUCCAUUACCAAAACGUCCAACAUCGGCCAGUCCAGAUUUCAGAAAGAAAUUAUUUGGAGAGUAUUGUGCUAUGUGUAAACACCAAAAAUCGUAUUGUCGAUGUAAAACCAAAAGUGAAACAGAUUUAUUGAAAAACGGCGAAUGGACAAAUACUACGAAAGAGGAAGCUAAAAAAUUGGAAACUGAAAUGAAGGUUAAAAGUAAAAACGAAAUUAGAUCAAAUAGAAUCCCAGAUGGCAUUCUGAAACUUAAUUUUGAGGAGGAGGAUGAAUAUGAAACAGUUGAUAUUGAUGCUCCUAAUUCUCCAUUUGUUGGAGGCAGCACUUUUGAUGCUCUUGAUCUUCAAUUACGAGCCAUUCAACAUGAUAUACGCCAACAGAUCGAAAUAGAUGAGAAGAAAAAAAAGAAGGUUGCUUUUGUUAAAGAAAUUGAUGAAGAGGAUUUAGAAGAUGACACAAAUGAAAGUGAAAGUUCCUCAAAUUUGGAAACAGAAGACGAAGGGGAUAAACAGAUAAUGCCAGAUUAUCAGUCCCUCUUGGAUUUUUAUCGGAAAAAAUGUUGUGAUUCUGGUAAUCCUGGUCUGGUUUUAAGUAAACGUAUUGUCACAUGCAAAAAUCGUGUGUUAUUGACAGAUGUUGUAGCUUCACCAAUCGAAUGUCUGAACAGAAUCUAUAGCUCGCGUUCUGAUGUCCACAAGAAGCUAAAAUAUGCAUUGGAAGCAGUCUGCGAUCCAGGUCUAAAACUAGAGUUGAAUAAUUUGGCAUCCGGAUGUUUUUUACAAUAUGUCUGUGAUUUUUUACCAGAAGUUGGUAAAGAAGAAAGAAUGAAAACAAAACAAAAUGAUGAUGCUUUAAGUGAGACUACAAGUAUAAAUGGAGGUUUGAAAGUUAUAGCUACGAGGAAGACUAUUUUCCCACCAACAGGCAGUCUGAUUGAAGAUGAAGACGAGGCUCCAUUCCCACCUUUAUGUUUUAGUAUAAAUGCACGUCCACCACCUGGUUAUGUUUAUUAUUUUACAUAUGGUACCGACAUGAAUAAAGACAGAUUAGGUAUGUAUAUCAGAAGAAACGUGGAGAAGAAAAGAUGGGGAAUAUUAUUUGGAUUCAAUCUGUUAUUCAAUAAAAAGGGUGCUGAUGAAGAAGGUUUUGGUUUUCCUAAUAUAGAGUUUAACCCGUUUGGUUGUGUGGAGGGAUGUGUUUAUCAAUUGAGCAAUAAUGAACUACAUUUAUUAGAUAGUUGUGUCGGGUAUCCAGAGCAUUAUGAACAUAUUGUGGUACCAGUCUGGAUGACCAGUGAUAAACCUGACGAUUGUUUAGCUCAAUAUUGUGUACCUGCUCUAACCUUUAUAGCACAAGAUAAAUGGAUUGAAAAUGAGAAGAUUUUACCAUGUGAUUUCUCAUUAUCACAGUGUAUAAAAGGUUCCGACAUGUUAUCAACUGGUUAUGUUCAACACCUGCGUACAAUAGCAUCCUUUACUUCAUUUUAAAUGGUCAAUCGUGGUUCUCAUAUAACAAACCAUGACAACAUAUCUUCUGUGUAUUAUUUUGAGACACAAAUGAACAUAUUUUACUGAUUCAACAUAUUAGCAUAUGUUGACCAAUGGAUGAUUCUAUUCAAUAUACAUAGGGUAGAACUCCUAUGUGUUAAGGGUAGAGCUUGAACAAGAGCUCCUAUGUGUAAUGGUAGAGUUGGAACAUGAGUUAAGAGUUCCUAUAAAUUUAGUUAUGGGUAGAGCUUGAGUAUGUUAUUAUAGAUAUGGAAAUCAUAUAGAUUUUAGUUACUGUCUAUUGUUAGAAUAUAGAAAUAGUUGAACUAUAUCUUUAAAUUUCUCAUGUAUCCCCUGUUUGUAUUAUUAUGAUUGUUUUACAAUACUUUGUUAAAAUUAUAUUUGUUAUAAUUAUAUUUGUUAUAAUUUAUUAUAUUAUACAUUAUUAACUUUAUCAUUUAAUCUGUUGUUUUUAUACACCCACAUUUAAAUGUAGUUGAAUAUCGUUGUCACCUCCAAUUGAUACACCAUGUCUAUCUUCAUGACAUGAAGAAUCCUAUCGAUUUUCAAACAUUUUCCAAUAAUUACCGUCAGAGUUACAGCUGUUGAUCAAUUUGAAAAUUGUUUUGGAUGCUCUAAUCUAAAGUUAUCAUUCAAUUGACUUUGAAUAUACUGUAUAUAUUCAGAUUUAAAUUACUUCUGAUAACUGCUGAGGGCGUAUGUUUUGUUGUCUGGCCAGCUAUUUUUAUGUGAUGUACUGGUAUUGUAAAAUUUAACUUUAAUUAUCAGUAGUCGUAACCAGAAAAGGGCUAUUAAAUAUUACUGAAUCAAUGGGCAUUGUCAGCAAUCAAAACCAUAAGACACAUGUUUUUGACAGAUCAUAUUUCUAAUGUAGAUUUACAUUAUGCCGUCACCCAGGUCUGUCUGUCAACAAUUGGCUCGUCAUUGCGAUAGAGGCUACAGUUUUUAAUAGAUUUUUUCCAAAUGUGAUGUGAAGCAUCAGUGUUAUGAGAGGAUGAACCCUGAUAAUUUUCAACAUUAUGUAUCCAUAAAAGCUUGUGAACAUGAUAUAGCGAUAGAGAUUAGAUUUCUUUAAUAAGGUAUCCUUAUUAAAUUUGCUCAACAUCCAAGUUUUCUUUUCAGAUAAGCUACUGUCUAUGACCAUAUUAUUUUUGGAGAAAUAGCUGCUGUGUGGGCAAUCCUUAAAUAAUGUGUUGAUGGUAUGAUAUUACAAGUAGUUGUUAUUUGUUAUUGAAUAUAAUUCAUCUGUGAUAGAACAAGAUUAAUGUUAUAUUAGUUUAUUCUUUUUAUAUCUGUCUCAAAUUAUUUUCACUAUACUAUAAUUGUACUAUAAUUGUUAAUUUAUAGGUUUUUAAAACUAAUAAUAGAUUGUUCUUGCAAUAUGACAACAAAAUUAUUUCAAGCUUGCUUGGAGAGAGAUGAUCAACCAUUAUUUUAGUUAGCAACUUUAUAAAUCCAUUAUUACUACCAGUAUUAUUAUCAGAGAGUAGAAUUAUUUAUUAGGUGUCCAUGUAUUAGUUUUAACUUAUUUUAUAAAUUAUGGCCAGAUCUUCUCUAGUUAUAUAAGGAGCACUUCUUAUGUGUUGAUCUAAUGGCAAACAGUUGUGAAACCUUCGAGAGAAUUAAAUCUUCAGUAGACACCGCGAUUAAAUGGCGGAAAAACAAGUUGGCAGAGGAUAAUCCAGGAAUUUUCUUAGGCUUCGUUACUUAUAGUAAAUGAACAGUGACUAACAACAAAUGCAAGCUGUAAAUUGAUUCUGCCUUAAUCAAGUCAUUUGAUAAACAAGGCUGAUAUAACUAGAUUCUCGUAGUUUACAUGAAAUUAUAAUGUUUAGAGAGGAUUUGGCGCAAAUUUUGGGUAGAUUAGUUUGGAUAUGUUUGUCAUUCAAAUAUAUCAUUAAAUCACAGUUUGUAUGUGGAAAGCCAAUUUUAAAACCAUGUUAAAUGCCAUGCCUGAUUUUAGAUAAUCUUUGAAAUAUAAAAUGCAACAGAUAAAAUGAUUUUAACUCUAUUGUUUUCUUUAUUUUACAAAUAACCCAUAUUGUAUCUCGAAUUGAAAUUUUUUUGAAUCUGGCCCAAAACCAUGAUAACUGGGGUAAGGAAUAUACAAAAUGUUUUUGAAAAGGAAAGUUUAGAACAGCGUUCUAUCACAUUUGAGUAAACAGGUCUUUAUAUGUGGGCCUCAUAAUUAUUUGCUGGAAAAUUAUGAAUUGAUGGACCAGCUUGUUAUUCCAUUUACUAUAAAUAAAUAAACAAUAAUAUGGUUUUAAGUUUGGGGUAAAUUAUGCAAAAUUUAUUAUAAUUGAAACUCAUGGAAAAUUAAUCUUCAAGAGCCAAAAGUGUAUGUGAUGAGAAUAGACAAAUAUAAACCAUGUU